AUGACGAGUACGACCAGUACCUGCGUCACCACUACGCCCAGCACGUCGGCGAGCAGUACGACUGAGAGCAGCACCGCGUGUAUGACGAGUAAGACCAGUACCAGCGGCACCACUACGCCCAGCACGUCGGCGAGCAGUACGAGCGAGAGCAGCAACGCGAGGAUGACGAGUGCGACCAGUACCAGUGGCCCCACUACGCCCAGCACGGCGGCGAGCAGUACAACCGAGAGCAGCACCACGAGUAUGACGAGUACGACCAGUACCAGCGUCACCACUACGCCCAGUACGUCGGCGAGCAGUACGACUGAGAGCAGCACCACGGGUAUGACGAGUAAGGCCAGUACCAGCGGCACCACUACGCCCAGCGCUUUGGCGAGCAGUACGACCGAGAGCAGCACCACAAGUGUGACGAGUAAGACCUGCACCAGCGGCACCACUACGCCAAGCACGUCGGCAAGCAGUACGACCGAUAGCAGCACCACGAGUAUGGCUAGUGCGACAGGCACCAGCAGCAUCAUUACGCCAAGCACGUUGGACAGUACUACGACUGAAAGCAGCACCACGAGUAAGACGGGUACGAUCAGUACCAGCGGCACUCUUACGCCCAUCACGUCGGCGGACAGUAUGAUCGAGAGCAGGACCACGAGAAUCACGAGCACGAACGCCACCAGCAGCAACCCUGCGCCCAGCACAUCGGAGAGUAAUACAAGCGAGAGCAGCACCACGAGUCUGACGAGUACGACGGAUACCAGCAGCACUAAUACGCCCAGCACGACGGAUAACAGUUCGACCGAUACCACCAGCACACGGCGAUCCUGA